GUUGCAUAUGGUUUAUCAAGUUUAUAUUGCAUGUGACUGCUGAUCGUCCACAGUAAAAAUAAAAUCAAAAUUUUUGCCUUGGAAAAGUUGAUGAACGGACGAAGAUUUACAUAUGAUAUAAUAUAAUACGAGUGAAUAUAUUUUCCCACCAGGAUGAUUUCAGAAACAAUGGCUAGUCAAGCAGUUAGGGAGAGAAACCCCCAUCAGGAGAAUUUAAACAUUGCAGCAGCAGUGAAUGGAUCAGGGAAAUGCGAGAUCCCACCAUCUUUAGCUGCAUUAACGUCUGUCAUCUGUACUCACCAAAACAAGUUGAAGCCAAUUGAAGCCAAGUUAAAGGAGCUUUUACAACAUCAGCAGGUAUUAGCAGAGGGUCUGCAUGGUGAGAAUGACCGGUUUAAGGAAGUUGAAGCUACCUUCAAUUUGCCGGCAUUGUUUGCCGAAGUAUCAAUUUAUUCCCAAAAGCUGACAAGACUUAAAGCAGAGAUGAAUAGCAUAUCUGAAAGAACAACAAGAAUUAAGAGGAGAGCUAUUCGCCUGCAACAGCAGCAGCAGCAGAAAGCCUUGAACCAAGAGCAAGCCCGGGCUGAGCAAGCCGAGCGUGAAAAGCACCUCAUUGCAAAACCAGCCUGGGCCUCACCAUCGGACGGACAGUGAAGUUCUCGAUCUUUAGUGUUGUUUAUAUUGUGAACGUGAGGUCAUGUGUCCAUUGCAGGCUUAUUUUGUGCUUUGUUCACUGUAAAUGUUUAUGAAGUUGUUUCAUAAUCAUGGGCAGGUUAGAGACGUGCCAUGUUUUUUUUAUUGUUGGAUUAUUGUUAUUGAAAGCUUUUAUAUGACCAGAAGUAGCCAGAGUAUGUAUUUUUUAAUUAUAAAAUAGAAUGAGCAUGUU